GACAUCGUUUGCUUGUGUGUUUUGCGCAACUGUGGGCUAUAUUUGUGACGACAUAAAUGUUGUGUUUUUCAUGCAAUUGCAUGCGAAUACUGUCAACAAGAUAGCACAACGAUUCGAAGCUUUUGUGUGAGGAAAUGUCUACCUGGACAAACGAAUUUGACGUCUUCAGGGACCUCGAUAGACUGUCAGGACUUGGAAGAAGUAAUGUAACGUAUCCUUCGUUGAACGCCUUUGGUAGAGGAAAGCUGAUAAUCAAGGAAGAUCGAAAUGGAAGAAAAACGAGGGUUGCUCAGUUUUCACCACCACCUAAAAUCCCAGUGCCACAGAGUUGUCUGGAAGAACAACCCAGUAAGAUGCAAGAUGAAACAACAUGGGAAAGAGAUAGAGACCUUUAUUUGCAGCUGAGAGAGAUUUGUGGACGUGGCUACUCUAAUGAAUUGAUAGAGGAGGAGUUUGGACAAACAGAGUGCCACAGCCAAGAACAAUUGAAUGGUAUUUCUUGCGAUACUGGUGUUGAAGAUUUGCUGGAAGAAGCAAGCAACAAAUUAAUUCUUUCUGAUAAAGAGCAUACAACCUUGACAUUAAGUAAAUCAGCAUCUUCACAGCUUCAGGCUUCGAAUACUGAAUUAGUAUUACCUGGUGCAAAGCAUUCACGACCAAGACUUUUUGUGCAUCCUCCAAAGCUGAAACCUAGCCGUAAUGCUCUACUGAAUAGCCUAGCCCGCAGGAAAAUUUUGCAGCUGUCUGACGAACCAGAAAUGACUGAUCCUCCCAUCACUUGCCAUGAAAGAGGAACUGGCUGUUUUGCAGAGGAUGUCAUUCCCAGUGAUAAAUGUCCACCAGGUGCAAAACUUUUAAAAACUGAGUUUGUUAAUGGAUUCUCUGACUCUGUCACUGAAGACAAACUGGCAAUACCAGAUGUGGCUUCUCAGAAGAUGGAGGUAGAAUCUGCGGAGAUAUGUGAUCAGGGACAGUCUUACAGGGAGUCUCAGAAGCAGUGCAUUAAUUGGUCGGAUAUUCGAAAACUGAAAGUCCCCAGUAACAGUCCUGUAUCCAUGUAUUCUUGUGGCUCACCGAGUUCGCCUGUACAUGCAGUCAACUCCUACACAUCUCAGAUGUCUAGACAAAACAGUAAAGUCAAAUCUAUUGCAGCUCCAAACGUUUUUGAUUUGCCAGGAUUGUCAGCCUCACCAGACUUCUUACGUGAGGAGAGAGACACUUCAAGGUGGAAACAGGGUUAUCAGAAAAAGCAAGAUUUGUCACGUAAGGCCUCAGGUGCGCAGUUUAAGUCGGGAACUAAAAGGACAAAAGAGUAUUGGUGUAGUUUGCCAUCCUCACCAACCAAUUUUACCACUCCAAAGGAAAAUCUUUCGUGGAGUUCUCUUAGAAAACACAAUUCACAUCCAAAACAAAUUAUGUUAUCAGAUUAUAUCAAACCAAUGUGUAGCUUGGGAUCAGUGCCAACACACAGUUUUUCAGAAUCUUCCAGUCCACACGAAGAACUGAGAGACUGUAACUCAUUACAGAUUCAUUCUGCAAAAGAUUUUCCUCCAUUAGAGUAA